AAGUCGGAGGUAAAAGAUGGCGGCGCUUAUGAACGAGUUUAAGAAUCACAGCGCAAUUUGUUUACAAUUUAUCCAGUUAUCCAGACAUUUUCUGAACAACGCCAAAGUUUAUUUUCUACUAAGUUUUCUACUCGCAUUGACAGCCCGCUGUUCCGGAAAUGAAGACUUUCAGAGAGACGAAUUUCUGAAGAGGGAGUAUUCGCUAACCAAGCCGUACCAAGGUCUGGGCUCGUCAAGCUCGUCACACUGGGAUUUAUUGGGCAACGCCAUGAUCACACCCGAGUACGUUCGCCUGACUCCAGACCUGCAGAGCAGACAGGGUGCCGUGUGGAGUCGCAUCCCAUUUUACAUUCGAGACUGGGAGCUCCAGGUGCACUUUAAGAUCCACGGCCAAGGCAAGAAGACCCUGAACGGUGAUGGACUGGCGCUGUGGCUGACCAGAGAACGCAUGCAGAUAGGCCCCGUGUUUGGGAACGUCAAUCAUUUCACCGGCCUUGGGAUUUUUAUCGACACGUAUCCCAAUCAUGAAAAUCAGCAUGAGAGGUAUUUUCCAUUUAUUUCGGCGAUGGUGGGAAAUGGGAGCGUGGCGUACGACCACGAUCAGGACGGAAGGAAUGCAGAUCUGGGUGGCUGCCAGGCCACUGUGCGUAACGUCGACUAUGAUACAUUCGUCCUGGUCAGAUACAUGAAGAACACACUGACGGUGAUGAUGGAUAUAGAAGGAGCGCAUGAGUGGAAGGAGUGUGUGGAGAUCCCAGGUGUCCACCUUCCUCAAGGGUAUUAUUUAGGAGCCUCAUCGCUUACUGGAGAUCUGUCAGAUAACCAUGACCUGAUCUCCCUCAAGCUGUUUGAGCUGACAGUGGAGAGAACUCCUGAGGAACUGGAGAACGAACAGGAGGUGACGAUACCCAGCGUGGACUACCGAGAGAUUCCCGUGGAGGUGGUGGAUGAAGGUAUGAGCAUGCUCACGCGCCUCUUCCUGUUCCUUUUCUGUGUGGUCGGCCUUGUGGUGUUCAUCGUGGCGAUUCUCUUCAUCUACGCUCGCUGGAAGGAGCGCAGUCGCAAGCGCUUCUAUUGAGUUUUGUGUUCUGAUUUUUUUUUUUUUCCUCCUCACUGCUGCAUCUAACUGAUGUUACCUCUGAUACCGAAGAGCCAUACUAGAGAGAGAGAGAGAGAGAGAAACCCAUCCUCGUCUUGAUCCUCUCAUUCAUCUACUAAAGUUCAUAGGAUAUUUGAAUAUUACUACAGAAAGAACAAUUGUGUGUGUGUGUGUUCAAGAUCUGUUCCUUGAUUUGGACAUAAAUAUUAGAGACCUAAAUAGGCAGCUACUACUGAAGCAUAUUUUCUUUUUGGUUUUCUAUGUUGGGGGGGGGGGACAAAUCACAAUCGUGAAUUUAUUCUUUAAAUAAAUAAUGAAUAAAGGUAAUGCUUGUCAUUCAAACCCAGCUGAAUGCAAACUUGGCAAAUUAUUCUUCAAGAAUCCUGACACAGGAAUGAGUUUCGUUGCAGGAAAACACGAAGGAUUUUGCUCAAUAAUUAAAUCUGCCUCGUUCAUCCGCUUCAUUUAAUUUAGAGAGAGGCCUGAUGGUGCUGCGUAUAAAACUAAAUCAGGUAUCAAUGUCUUUAUAUAUCUAUAAAUUCACGCAUGCGUGCGCGCGCGCACACUCACCGUGAUGUUAAACAAGCUGAACCGUGUUGACGUCUGUCAAAGAUGUACUUCAGGACGUUUUUGUUUUUUUAGGUCCUUUUGAGCCAUUUUAAUACAAAAGACACCAUAUGUUCAAUGUGCUGGAUGGAAGGAUUCGUGUUAAAUGAGUGUAACUGGCACGGAUUCAUAUCAGCUUUGUCUGAUUUGAGUUUAACUAAUGGUUGCGUUUCGGUGCCACAUACUAAACACGCCCUUCCUGCUUUUUCAGCCUUAAACUGUAGGCGAUAGCGUUUACCACAAAGAUAAAAAUGAAUAAUAUCAAUAGUAGCAAUCUUUUGAAGUUUAGUUGGGUUGGGGAUAUAUAUAAUUUUUUUUUUUUUUUUUUAAAUAAAGUCUGUGAAUAGUAAUGCACUGAAUUCCAGAGUCAUACUCGGUUAUUGUUUCAUUUUUGUUUAUACUCCAGCGAUUGGAGUCCGUGAUUAAUGAACAUAACAGUGAUAAAAUGCUGUUAGAAAUUCAUAGCCUGAAAGUGUUUUUUUGUUAAUUUGAGCUUUGAACGGAACAAAAACAUUUUUGCUGCUUCAUUUGAACUUUUUUUUUUUUUAGAUUUUAAUUAUUUCCUUUUUCCUGUUCUUUGGUCCUGCUGUAAUCUGAUCUUCCUUUAAAAUGCAUCUUUAACCUGUUUUAAAUCAGUUAAUCACUGAACGGAAAAACUAAGCAUGCCCAAUUUCGUUUUCUCUGUUCACUGGAAAUGACGCUGGCUUAUUAUUAUGGGUUUUGCAUAUGUAUUUUUGUUUUUUUUGAGAAGGGACUUGUGGUGUGUGGGAUUUGCUGGAUUAAAGGGGUCUUUAAUUUAAAAUUAAAUUAUGUCUUGAACUUUCUAUAGAAUAUUAAAUGAAUUACACACAUUGAACCUCUAAUUCAAGGUCUUAUUUUGAAAUCACAAAAAUGCUGAACGAGAAAUGUCAUUUCACAAAAGAAAGGAUAUUUGGGGUAAAGAAAUGAAAUAAAAACAGUUCCUGGUGGCAAACUUUGGUCUCCGUCAAAGUCAAGUUUCACGUAUCUUAUAACUACACGAGUCGCCAGCUGUGAUUCAGCUGUCAGAUCAUUUUGUCCUAAUGUUUAUUAGAAUAUUCUAAAUAAACAAAUAAGCCAUUUUUCAUAA